AUGAGGAGUUACGCCGCAGCCGCAGCCGUGGGUGCCCUUGCGGCCCGUGGCGUCCAUGCCUCCCCGUUCCCGCAAGCGGUGACGGCUGCAAUCUCCCCCAGUGCCGCUAUCCCAUCCGGCUGCAGUGCCAACUACAGCGGGUCCUUCGGGAUCGCCGUCGUGGUCCUCUCCUCCUCCACGAGCAGCGUGGCAACCCCGUCAUCAGCGGCAACAUCCAACACUACAGCAGACGUCGGUGUCCAAGAAGCUGCCGUCGUGACGCCAUCCAUAUCGUCCAGCAGCAGCAGCGCCGCUGGCGUCUAUGUCGUCUCCCAGAUCGGCGACGGCCAAAUCCAGGCACCGACGACCGCUGCUGCCGCGACGCCCGUCUAUACGACGCCAGUCCCAACUCCAGACUACACCUCGGUCGUCCCCAUUUCCGAGAUCAGCGACGGCCAACCCCAGGCGCCCGCCGGCACGCCAACCACCACCCCACUCACUCCAGCAACGCCGACGCCGGCCGUCACCAGCCCCUCCUCCCCCUCCUACUCCUCCACCGAGGCCGCAACAACCGUCAUCCCCAUCUCCGAAAUCAGCGACGGCCAGCCCCAAGCCCCCGCCGCGACCUCGACCUCACCGGCCACCACCACCACCACCACCUCCUCCUCCUCCUCCUCAUCCUCCACAUCCACCACCCUCGCCACCAGCGUCGCCGCCGUGUCCCAAAUCUCCGACGGGCAGAUCCAAUCCCCCACCAGCGCACAAAAGAGCAAGAACAAGCGCUCCCUGACCGCCUGCGCCACCUCCAGCACCCUCACCCUGACCCUCUCCGGCGACGCCGGCGGCGUCCUCCUCGACGCGCACAACCGCACCGGCUACAUCGCGUCCAACUACCAGUUCCAGUUCGACGGGCCGCCGCAGUCGGGCGCGCUGUACACGGCGGGGUUCAGCGUCUGCGAAGGUGGCGGCGAGAGUGGUGGCGAUGUGUUGGCGCUGGGCGGGAGCAAGACGUGGUAUCGGUGCUUGAGCGGCGGGUUUUAUAACUUGUAUGAUCGGUGGUGGGCGGAGCAGUGCGAGGAGGUGGGGUUGGAGGUUGUGGAGUUGGUGGAUUGUUGA